CGAGUAUCUGCACACACACACACACUCAUACACACGGAGGGCGUGGCGAUGACCGUCCAUAGUCGCCAGCUCGACCACCAGGAUGUGGUGUCCGCGGCCGCGGCCUUUAUCGCCGAGCGACAGGCGAUGGAGGCUGCGUGGGUGAGACAGAUCGGGUCGCAGACGCCCGGUGAGCAGAGAUGCAGAGACAUAAUAUUCGAAUGUGUCUCGAUUGCAAUGGUUGCCUUAAUAUGCAGACUGUAUCAGGUCACAAGAGCGCCAGAGGGUCGAGGACCUGCUCCAGAUGGUCGACUGGCUGCCGUUCGGCCACCUGGACAGCGAUGUGUACGACGGCAUUAGAGACCGCAUUGAUCGCAUCAUAGAGCUGUAAGUCAGGGGCAGAUACAUAUCAAAGACACAUCCAUCAAUCUCUUGUCGUUUGCCUAGUUCAGUAUCGAUGGCUGCGAGGACCAGAGCGACUCGCAUACAGUGAAUGGAUGCGAUGUGUGCAUGAACGUGUAUGCAUAUUGCAUUGGGCGGCUCCAACUCGUCCCGUAACACACCUGACUCCUGAGUUGGAGUGAUUGAUACAUCGCUGCUUGCAUUUUAUAUUCGUGGUGCUUUUCCCGAAUGAGU